GGACAUUACUCUAGAUUUAUUUUCACAUGAUGCGACGUACAUGUGGGCAUAUAUGAUUCCCUGUAUACUUAUAAUUGUAUCACUUGUGCAUAGCAAUGCAUGGGCAACAAGGAUGAAUGAACUUCGUCACGUGAGGAGUCCAUUAGUCAAAGCUGUAUAUCAACGUUUGAAGGAAGACGAGAAACAGAGAAACGACGACCAUCAAUAUGUAGGCUGUUUUGACAGAGCCAAGGUGUCUGCGGAUGUUUGCGAGUGCUUCAUUCAGUUUUAUCAGGACCCAGAGACAAAACAAUUUCUGUCUAACUAUGAAAAAGCUGACUGGUUGUUUACUCAGCUGUACCACUCCAUUGCUAAGUCCAUUCUCGGAUGGUUCAUGACAAACACUUCCAUCAAUGGACUUCUCCAAAGAGGUUCAAUGUUUGUUUUCUCGGAGGAACAGCUGAGACAGCUUCUGCAGAUUGAGGAAGGAUGGCAGGGACAAAACAUAUUAGAUCUUGGUGCUGGAGAUGGACGUGUGACAGAGAAGAUGGCCAGGUACUACCGACAGGUGUAUGCUACAGAAGUAUCCUCCACAAUGGUUUGGAGACUACGAGAGAAAAACUACAAAAUACUGGAAUUAGAUGAGUGGGACAAUGGUAGCAUUUCCUUUGAUCUUAUUAGUUGCCUAAACCUUCUAGACAGAUGCAACAAGCCAAUGACCAUUCUUCAUUCCAUUAAGAAGGUGCUGACUCCAGGUGUUGGAAGAGCCAUUGUAGCAGUGGUGUUGCCCUUCAAACCUUAUGUGGAGCAAGAUUCCAAAGAUCACGUACCUGAAGAAAAUAUACUCAUUCAGGGACAGAGUUUUGAGGAACAAAUUCAAUUCUUUAUCACCAAGGUGUUUGAACCAGCUGGAUUUCAUGUAGAAAAAUUUAGCAGACUGCCUUACCUAUGUGAAGGUGACCUCCACCAAUCAUUUUAUGUACUGGACGAUGCAGUGUUUGUGAUAAAACCAAAACUGUGACAAAGCACUAAGCAUGUGCAGCAUGCUAUUAUGUAAACAAAGUGCCUUGAAAUGGCUCCUUAUAAAUUUUAACUUUAAGACUUGUUCAUUAAUUAGUUUCUUCUAGUGUGGUUGAGGUCUUUUCGUGAAGUUUGUGCUUUGAAGAUAAUAGUACCACACCUUAUUAUGCAAUUUUGUUCACAAGCACUGAACAAGAUGCUGAAUGAUAUUGUGUGGAAUGAGAUAAAAUACAUUACUACAAGUUUACAGUGCUAAAAUAUGAAGGAUUAUUGACAUUGGAUAUUUACUGUGAACCGCUUUGAAUUUACUCAGGUUCAUUCCAAAGUUUUUCUAAAUGGAAUAUUUAUAUAUAAUCCGUUUCAAUCAAGGCUUUACUUCUGCUUCAUGUAAUGGCUUUAGUUGUAUUUAAUUUCAUUGCAUACAUAUCCCAUAGCAAAAAUAAAACUGCCUUGAAAAUAAGCCUGUGUACAGUCUAUGGGAGUUGUUUCACGUGGUUGAUCUAAAUAUUUGCUUAGUUAUAUGUACAGAAGAAAUCAUGACUGCUUGUGUAUUGAAUCUAAAGUUAUUCUCUCAUUUUGAGAAUUUCUUAACAACUGUAUUCAUUUGUUUUAUUGAAAUAAAAUAUUUUAAUAAUGAA